CAGGGCCUCAGGUGAAGUCCGCAGAGGUUCUAGACCCAAGCGCAGUGAGCGAGCUUCCCUGCCUUUGUAGCCCUUUACAGGGACCGAAUAGAGGAGCCACUAAGGGAGGUUCUUACAGAGAGAGACGGAGUCGCUUAAAACAGAAAUCUUCCGGUUUUAGCUCCGGGUGGUGGCGCCUGGCUGUCAUUUUAUCACUUGGGCUGCUGAGUUCAAGUCCAGCUUGAGCGAGUAGUCAACUAUUAGUUCAGAGCCAAGCUUGAUAAUAAGGCUCAGUCUUAUUUUGAAAAUAAAUAAAUAAUAAAUAAAUUUCUUGAAUUCAGACUUCUGUUGAAGUAGUUCGAUGCCUGAAAAGCCACUCUACAGAUCGUGCCAAAGAGGUCCGGACUUGGUGCAGAACUGUGUGCAACAGCGCCUGCUCUAGUGAGAUCUUGCAUUUUCCUCAUUAGACCAAAACCGCGAAUGGAAAGGAACCCCUCUGAUGGUACAGGUCCAGUCCACGUGCCGUUGGGGCAUAUUGUGGCUAAUGAAAAAUGGCGUGGGUCCCAACUGGCUCAGGAGAUGCAAGGAAAAAUUAGACUCAUUUUUGAGGAGGGUCUGGCAUCAGCAGACUUUUACCUAUCUAGUAAAUCUUGCAUUCUCUAUGUCACUGAAGCAGAUUUGGUGGCCGGACAUGGCUACAGAAAGAGACUUGCUCGCUUUAGAAAUUCUGCACAUCUUCAAGGGAUUAUAAUAGUUGAAAAAACCCAGAUGAGUGAACAGUACUUCCCGGCCAUCCAGAAGUUCACUGUGCUAGACCUUGGGAUGGUGCUGCUCCCAGUGGCCAGCCAGUCGGAAGCAGCCUGCCUUAUUAUCCAGUUGGUUCAAGAGCAAACCAGAGAGCCCAGCAAGAACCCUUUCCUCAGGAAAAAGCGCUCCAGGCUCUCUGAGUUCUCCCUUGUUCAAACUGUGCAGCAGAUCCCAGGGGUUGGGAAGGUUAAGGCCCCCCUUCUGCUCCAGAAGUUUCCAAGCAUCCAGCAACUGAGUAACGCUUCCAUCCAAGAACUGGAGGAGGUCGUGGGGCGUGCGGUAGCACAGCAAAUCCACACCUUCUUCACCCAGCCUAAGCGACAGCAGCCCCGCAGCUGACUUUGCCUUCAGACUACAAACUACAGGGUCUGGUUUUCACAUUUAAAAAGAAGAAUAAUAAGAAAAAGUUCUCCUCUCAGUGGCAACAGGCUAAAGACAGCGAGACUCACGUGUCUCCCUCCUCAUUGUCUGUCCGAGCAGCGACCUGGUGGGGCUUGGAGGCCGACGGUGGCACUGGCCACUUUCUGCUAAGAUGAGGAGGAUCCUGCAGGGAUCACCCAGAGACUCAUUCUCAGCAGCAGCCAGCUAGAGUAGAUUUGUACAAAGCACUUUGUCCUGCCUCUGUCACUGAGAGGUCCUCUGAGGGUCCAGGUGGUGGAUGGGAGGGUCUAGCACCGAGUAGGGAGUGCCCCUGUUCCCAUUGCCAGAGCCACAGCUCAGGUCUUCUCCAUACACGUCAGGUACCUGUGCUCUGGAGUUUCUGCCAGGGUCAACAACCGCCUUUUCUCCCUCAUAGCCCCUUCCUCCCAUCUCAACACAAGAAUAUGAUUUUGUGCUUUGGAUGAUGUGGAAGAAGUAAUUAGGAUGAAAUAAACGGGAAAAAAAUGAACUCAAACAAUGAACAUGACUUUAAUUAAAUAUUUGUACAAACACAGCCCCAGGAAUAGUGGUCACACUUUCCUUAAGGUAUUUGUGUUCUCGAGAUAUUGCACAAUAAAAAAAUAUUUAAA